UCUGAAAAUGACGCAAUACGUUACGUCAGAACAAUCAGACUGACUGAAAAAGUUCAAAGUGUUUUCAAGUCGGUAUCUAUAAAGUUACCUUAGCAAUGGGUAAAGACGAGACUAUACCAGAGGGAAAUGCAGAGAAAGGUGCUAAAGUAUUUAAACAGAAAUGUUCUCAAUGUCAUACUGUGAAUAAGGGUGGAGCACAUAAAACUGGGCCAAAUCUUUUUGGACUAUUUGGACGUAAGACUGGUCAAGCACAAGGAUUUUCAUAUACCCAAGCUAAUCAGAAUAAAGGAAUUACUUGGAAGCGAGAAACAUUGUGGAUCUACUUAGCUGAUCCUAAAAAGUAUAUUCCAGGAACCAAAAUGGUGUUUGCUGGCAUUAAAAAAAAAGGAGAGCGUGCAGAUUUAAUUGCAUACUUGGAAAAAGAAACUACAAAAGAUGUUAACUUCUGAAGGCCUAUAUUAUUGGCAAAGUAAAAACAUCCUUUUUUAAGCAAAUAUUUACGGUCCUAGAAAUAUUAUUAUUUCUAUUGGCACAGGCAUAUGAACGAAUGAAGUUUUACAUUUCCUCUCCAUUUAAGAAAAAACUGUUUUCUGUGUGUAAUAAAAAUUGCUUUAACUUUGCUGGCGAAAUAAAUUUAAUAUUAAUAA